GCCUCCGCUGAAGAGCUCUGAUUGGCUGGCGCUAAUACGAACGACGCCACUAGGGGCGGGCCGGAGAGGAGCGCAAGCGCACUGCGCUACGAGUCUCGGGACCCCUUUCCUGGAGACUAUGGCGCUCAACAAGAAUCACUCGGAGGGCGGCGGAGUGAUCGUCAACAACACCGAGAGCAUCCUCAUGUCCUAUGAGCAUGUGGAACUUACAUUCAAUGACAUGAAGAAUGUGCCAGAGGCCUUCAAAGGGACCAAGAAAGGGACCGUCUACCUUACCCCUUACCGGGUCAUCUUUCUGUCCAAGGGGAAGGAUGCCAUGCGGUCCUUCAUGAUGCCGUUCUAUCUGGUGAAGGACUGUGAGAUCAAGCAGCCUGUGUUUGGUGCAAACUACAUCAAGGGAACAGUGAAGGCAGAGGCAGGAGGUGGCUGGGAAGGCUCCGCCUCCUACAAGCUGACCUUUACGGCAGGGGGCGCCAUCGAGUUUGGACAGCGGAUGCUACAGGUGGCAUCUCAAGCCUCCCGAGGCGAAGCCCCCACUGGAGCCUAUGGGUACUCCUACCUGCCCACCGGGCCCUAUGUCUUUCCCCCGCCAGUCGCCAAUGGAAUGUACCCUUGCCCUCCUGGCUACCCCUAUCCACCGCCCCCACCUGAGUUCUAUCCAGGACCUCCCAUGAUGGAUGGGGCCAUGGGAUACGUGCAGCCCCCACCACCGCCGUACCCUGGGCCCAUGGAACCACCAGUCAGCGGCCCCGAUGUCCCCUCCACUCCUGCAGCUGAAGCCAAGGCCGCAGAAGCAGCUGCCAGCGCCUAUUACAACCCGGACAACCCACACACCGUCUACAUGCCCACGAACCAGCCUCCGCCACCUCCCUACUACCCGCCAGAAGAUAAGAAGACCCAGUAGACCCCUCGCCCCGCCUCCUGCACCUCAUCGCUCUUUCCUUCCCCUCCCUGGGGAGCCGGAUCUGGGGUGGGGGUGAUGGGGGUCUGUAUUCUUCUUCCAGAUCUGAUCAUAAAACACUUACCAGGAACUGGCAUUGAUGGAAGGGUGGGGCCCCUUGACUGGGAGCUGCGCCUCCAGCGUCCCACACUGUCCCCGAGCCCAGCGCACUUCCCUCGCUGCAUCUCUGGGGCUCUCCUUGGGAGUGCAGGGUGUUCCCCGAGUUCCUGUCUUGCUCUAGUAGCUUCUACCCACAGAGGGACUCUCUGGCCACCUCCUCUGCUGCAGUCUAGCUCCCUUGUUUUGGUAGCUACUUUAUCCAGCCUCCGGUCCACCCAAGGGCCCUGUCAGCCCUGCUCACAUUCCGUGCUCCGGUCUGUGCCUGCCAUGGAGGCCACGUCCGCCGGACUGUCAGUCCACAUUCCACCCGCAUCCAGCCCCAGUCACACCUGCCUGUCCUGUCCUGCCCUUGGUCAUUCUUUUGCCACCAGUGUGUGACAUUGGGGGCUUUAACAUGAGCUUUCAGGGGUGGGUAGCAUCAGGGCCAGGCCUGAGGCUCAGGGAGGAAGCCCUCUGCUUCCAUGCGGGUGUUUCUGGAGUUUGUUUCCCUUUGCCUUCUCUCUUUCCAUCUAGAAGGGGCUUUUGGAACUGGAGAUUGCAUGUCCGUCCCAGCAUGCCAUGAGAGGGCUGCUGGGGGCUGGAACGAGAGGCCCCUGACCCCGGGACCUGCCUGGGCGCGUGCUGACCACGACCGCUCUGCAGCUGUCAGCCUGCCCUCUUCCCCUUAAGCUUCAUGCCUGGUUGGCAACGUGCCCCCUGAUGCACUCAAAUUUGCUCCCGUUUGCUCCUAGACUGGCCGUGAAGUGAGGAGAUGGUUAUUUAAAGAGAAUUCCCUAUUUAUUUGACAAAAAAUUCCAGUUAAUAUAUUAAUGUGAAAUAAACCGUGUUUGCACCUUGAUUUGUCUGCUGAAAAUGUAAAGUAGUAAAGACAAAGUAACUGGAC